CCAUUCACGGGUUGCCCAUAAAUUUCAGCUAUAAAUCUUAGAAUCAAAGCCAUCAAAACCCAAGAGAGGAAGAGAAUAUAGUACUAGUUGUAGUAGUCCUUUAGGAACCCAAAGUAGGCAUGGGUUCAUUAAAGCUCACAGCAAUGUUUUUCAUAUGCAUGAUCUUCAUGCUAGUGUCAUUGCCACCCAUCUAUGCUUGUGGCUACUGUACACCACCACAACCACCCCACCGCCGUCCUCAUCCGCCCAAGACUCCCCGGAAGCAUCCACCGUCCACCAAGCACCCACCGCACCACGGAGGAGGGCGUCCUCCGAAGGUGUCACCGCCUUCAGUCAACCCGCCAAUAAUUGUCCCACCAAUCAUCAUGCCACCUCCGGUCAUAUCGCCACCAGUUAUAGUGCCUCCUAUAAUAAAUCCUCCGGUUAUAAUUAAGCCACCUACUACUCCGUACCCACCUUAUACCGGUCCUCCUGGAGGCGGCGGUGGUGGACCACCACCGGGUGUAAGUCCACCGCCUACAACUCAACCGAAGUGUCCGAUUAACGCGCUGAAGCUAGGGCUUUGUGUGGAUGUGCUUGGAGGUUUGGUGCAUAUUGGGCUAGGGAAUCCAGUUGAGAAUGUGUGCUGCCCAGUGCUUAAAGGGUUGUUGGAGCUUGAAGCAGCUGUUUGUCUAUGCACUACCAUAAGGCUUAAACUACUUAAUCUCAACAUUUUCAUUCCUCUUGCACUUCAAGCACUAAUCACUUGUGGGAAGACUCCUCCACCUGGUUUUGUGUGCCCUCCUCUCUAAGUGUACUUCAAUGUUGUCAUCCUGGAAUUUUAGGUUCUUUAGUGUCUUUGCUUUUUUUCUUUUUUUUUUUUAUUUUUUUUAUUGUGGUUUUUUUUUUUUUUUUUUUUAACUGUAAUUUGUAUUAGGGUUUGGAUCAUUUGCUGUUUUCAAAAGUAGGAUUUUAAGGGUAUGUGUGAAUUGAGGGGGCACAUUUUGAAUUUCAUGUGCUGCAUAUCUUUUUUCCCAA